GAACAACGUGGAUUGGCAUCUUAAGUCAAUUAUUCCCGCUCCUCCUCUCUCUUCUUUUUGAGGAAAUGGUUGGCGGAAAUAGUCAUGUAGCGUAAUUGGUUUCUUCUUGGAAAGAUGUGGAGCAUUGAAAGUACCGAUAUUUCGGUUGCUGAGAUGUGAUGCUGUGAAGGUUUGGUAAUUUUGAGCGUUUGAGGAAGUCAUGAUUGCUGUUUGUGCGCAUUGAAUUGCUUCGGGUGUGGUAUUGCUAGAUCGUCCUGGCUCCAUAUUUACGAUAUCAUCUGAAUUCUGGCGUUAUUUGCCUUCGGUAGCGGAAGUGGUCUCUUGUUGCAGUGGAUUUUCAUUUUCAUCGAUUGCAGACACGAAAGUGGAGAAUUCUGUGAUCCAAAUACGUCCUUGAUUCAUUCUAGACCUGGGAAAUAAAUAAUUUUGUUGUGCAUCAAGUAGCUUUUAUCUAAUAACAGACGUGAAGAAUCCUUGUCUUCGAUACACUGAUCGACUUUCCAGCUCUGAGUCCAAGAAGAUCAGCUCCUAUUUCUUAAGGUUAUUCUUUUCUCAAGUUUUAGGUGAGAGACCAAUCUGGUUGUUGUGUAGGGGUCGCUAUUCUUGAGGACUACGUUCCGGUAUUUAGAGGAUAAGUAUACUACCUUUUACGAGCGGAAACUUCAAAUCGGAUGAGCGUCUUUUGGAAAUCCUCUCCCUUCAGCUGCUUCCAUCUCGCUUGCUCUUAAAUCCGUACUUACUUCCAGCCUAGUUCUGACCAAGAACACAAGGAUGUCACAGGCCUUACAUCGAAGUGGAGCUAGUCUAGCUGUCUCUUAGACAGCUUUCUCUCAGAAGAAAGGUCAUAGCCCCGUGCCUAUGACGGCUUCUUUCGAAGUGCAGGAAGUUCUUGACAUUCCCGUAGAAACUCCAGCCACUGUUUCAAAGAAGUCAGAAAAUUAUGUUUCAGCUUUUCCAGAGUAUCAAAGCCUUCGUGGUCCUGAAUUCAAAAAUCCAUCGAGUGCCGCUGGUUUACGUAGAGCUUCGAUUGUAUGGUUCAGGAAUGAUUUGCGUCUGCAUGAUAACGAAGCUUUGGUUUCAGCUAGUAGAGAUUCCCUCUCCAUCUUACCAGUAUACUGCUUCGAUCCAAGGGACUAUGGGAAUUCAUCAUUGGGUAUUGAUAAGAACGGUCCCUAUCGAGUGAAAUUCCUCUUCGAAUGUGUCGCGAAUCUGCGGUCAAGUUUGAGAGAAAGAGGCUCAGACUUAAUUGUUAGGAUUGGGAAACCAGAGGAAGUGCUUCUCGACUUGGCAAAAAGCGUGGGAGCAGAAUCUCUCUAUGCCCAUCAGGAAGUCGCGUAUGGAGAGCUCCAGGAAGGAGAUUUUGUUGCAAUUUCUAGCAACUCUUACACUCCUUGGUUGUCACAUAAAGGUGUCGCCGUCAAAAGAUCAUGGAAUGCCUUGAACAGAGGACCUUUCCAGGCUCAGGAGAAGGUGGCUGCGGCUUUUCAAGACAACGGAGUUGAAACGAAAUUCUUUUGGGGCGGUACUCUUGUUCAUCUUGAGGACUUACCUUUUGAACUAGAUGAUAUGCCCUCCAAUUACGGCGGAUUCAGAGAAAUGGUUCAGAACUUAGCUGUCAGGAGUACAAUUGAAGCACUUCAAGAGCUCAAGGGUCUACCAGCUUGUGGAAAUAUCGAACCUGGACGCAUUCCAUUCCUACAGGAACUUGGCUUGAAUCCUGCGGCUGAUAUGCGACAGGAGAUCCAAACAUCAGGUGGAGCUGUAUUGAUGGGAGGUGAAGACGAAGCCCUGAAGAAGCUGGACAGAUAUGUUUUGGAAACAAGCUCAUCCAUAGCGAAGAACAAGCAAUCGGAGACUAGUGCUGACAGCUUGUAUGGUGCAAAUUUCUCUUGCAAAAUCUCUCCCUGGUUGGCCUUGGGUUGUCUCUCACCACGACGAAUGUUCGAGGAUCUGAAAAAGAGUCGAUCAAGUGCUGGAGUAAUGCCCACCUUGCCUGUGAACACUUUAGGAACUGGAAAUGAAGACCAUAGACUCAACUGGGUUCUAUUUGAGUUGUUAUGGCGAGAUUUCUUUAGGUUUAUCACAAAGAAAUAUGGUACUGAGGAGAAGUUUAGAGAGUACUCCAAUUGCAGCCAGAACUGCUUCUCUGGUUGCAGCUUAACAUAACAACAUUUGAAUGAGAUUUGUAAGGCUUUACAAAUUUAGUAUAUUUACUCAGAACUUUGUCCAGGAACCAAUCCUUUGUUCUGCACCACAGCAUUUCUUGUACUGUAAUAAUAAUUGAUUUGCAUAGAAUUUGCGUUGA